AUGGAGGCAAUAGACUGGAACUACCUCUCCGCCAACUGCGUCUGGCGGGACAACCUCAUGAAGGAGCUGCUCAACACCGGGGUGGAGGUAGAGGCACCGGAGCUUAGGAUAUGGCGGGACAUAUAUGAUGACUCUGUGAGCCUUGAAUCGUACUGGUACACGCUGCUCUCGCCCAAAUUUCGCCAACCGGCGUUUCUAGCGAUGCGCAUAACACUCUUUGCGGCCUUACCGUUGUUGAUCAUUGGGGACAAAUUUGCUGAUCACUUUACGAUGUCCAGGGUUCUCUGCCUCUACGGCAUCGCCUACAGCCAGGAGACCCUGGGGGAGCAGAUAUGCAUGCUGUGCACCGCAUUCCAAGUGGUUGUCUGCAUGACGGUAUGGGGGCUACUGAUGUACACGUUCAAUGUGCUUAAUCACGAGGUGGCGUGGUGGUGUGCCGUGUUUUUUGGAUCCUUCUUCGUGGGUCUCUUCGGGGACCUGCGGUGUCGACGGCUGUCGAUAGUGAUGAUGGUGAUCAUUAUGGAGGUGCAACGCUCCCUGCCGAAUCAAGGCGGGCCGUACCUGCCGUUCUACGUGGCUCGUGACGUCUGUUUUGCCUUGAUGUUUUCGUUUGCUCAGGCCUUCCUGCCGCCGUUUACGAUGUGCAAGCGCGUGGACGACGCGAUGGCGGGGGCGUGGGUGUACAUGGGAAGCAUGGUGCAGAACUGCGUCAAGGGGUGCUGGGCAGAGAACCCCAUUGACGCGGCGGCGGCGAUUUCAAAGACUUCCUCGGAGCCGUUGCAGGCAAUUUUUACAGUUUUGCCUCCGCAGCUGAACGUUGUGCGGUACGAGCCGUGGGUGUCGCCCCUGCUCUGGCAGCUGCGAAACGAGCGCAUCAAGGUGAUGGGUGGCCUCAUGCCUAUGCUGCACGCCCUCGCCGCCGCGGUGCGCACGCUGCACACCUCGCACGUGGCGCAGAAGGAUCUGGAGGGGUGGAAGAACCCCGGCGUGGAGACCGUCCGCGGGCGCCUGGAGGAGGCCCUCGAGCCAUAUCUGAAGGCUCUCGAGGAGACGCUGAAGGGGUUGGGGCACGCCUUGAAGCCGGAGGACGUGGCGGAGAAGCUUCCGCUGGAAGACCUGCAUGCUGCGACCUCAGGCCUGCAGUCCAGCAUCGACAAGAUACACUACGACAUGAUGAAAGGCCGCCUCGGCAACGUGGACUCGGUGUGGUACAUGUACGUCGUCUUUGCCCACCUCAUGAUGGUGCUGUUCGGGGAGGAGCUGCUGCGGUACGGCGAGGCGAUGCGCAACUUUGACUCCACGCGCUACACCUCUGCGUCGCGGCGGAUGUGGGACUUCUUCAUCUUUGAGUACUGGAAUGAUUUCUGGACGGAGCUGCCGAAGCGGCUCACGCUGGCCACGCCGCGUGACGUGCGUGUGGUGAAGGACGCGUUCAAGCUUGCCUGCGGCUACACCGUGGCGUCUGUCUUCACGCUCUACGUCGGCUACGACAGGGUGUUCUACUUUGGCAUGGCCAUCCUCAUGGGCGUGGGGCUCCCGACGGCGGGUGACACGCUGAUGGCGGGCAUCCAGCGGGUGGCUGGGCUCGUCUUUGCCGCCUCCUUCGCGUACCUGAUAAAGAAGCACAAGCGCUCCGAAGCUGAGGUCUACGCGCUGUCGCUGCUGCUUAUCAUGGUCUCGCUCUUCGCGCGGGUCUUCCCGGGCUACUUUCACUGCGCCUUCUACUGCGCGCUGCUCAUCUCCUCCAUGCUGCACAUUGCCACCGUACCGCUGAUGAUGUUCUCCCGCGUGGUGUCCAGCUCGCUCGCUGUGAUGUCGUACUACGUCAUCGUCGUGUUUGUCUUUCCGAUCGACACCAUCAGGGUGCUGCACAACGCCGAGGUGUGGAUUAUGAACGGGGUCUCCGAGUACCUCUCCAGCCUGGUACGUCUCCUGCAGUUCCGCGUCGGCGACAAGGAUGCCGAGGUGAUGCAGGAGCUGCUCGCCGUAAAGGGGCGCAGCGGUGGCCUCUGGGUGGCCGUGCGUCAGCUGUUGCCCAAAGUCAAAACCGCCGGGCUGGAGCCCACCAUCCGCGGCAAGCCGUACCCUGUCUACGAGCAGGAGGAGUUUGCCCAGGUGCUGCGUCGCCUCCUCUCCUCUCUCGACAUCAUGCUCCUGGGGCUGAUGAUUCUGCACCGGGAGCGUGUGGUGCCUGCGGCCGCGGAGUUGGAGGAGAUGCUCGGCGCCACGAUGAAGGUGGUGAAGGGCAUCGAGCGGUACGGGGUGUACGUCAUGCAGGACUUCGUCAACGCCGUGCAGCAGCCGGAGACGUGGUCGUACGUCGAGACGGUGGACCACUUCACCACCCUGCUGCGGCUGAACAACCAACUCAAGGACAUCUUCUCCGUCGACCACGGCAAGAUGCUGUCCGCGAUUCGCGGCAAGGCGAAUGAGCUUCACCUCAACAACCUGAAACUCUCGAUGGCGUUCGCCAGCAACAGCAGCCCGACAUUCCCCUUGCCGACGGAGGAUAUGCGGAGUGAGCCGAACCAGAGCAGCACCACCGCCUGCCCGUACGGGCUUGAGGGGGAGGGGAAGGCGCGAGAGGAGCUGACGGCCCCACGCAACGCGAGCUUCAUGCUUCGCCCCGACGAGUUCACGAUCAACCACGACAUGAACAUGAGCAUCGCCGUCCUCGUGGGCAUGGAUCUCUUCUGCAGCGAACUGGUGAAGUCCAUGCGGACCAUGCAGCACAUAAACCAGUUUGAGCUCAGCCGCCGCCAGUAG